GGAGAAAGAACCCAUGACAGUUUUUCUCUGGAACUUUCUGACCCUGAAUUCAAAUGUCGUGCCCAUCAAACGCUUUCGGGUACAACGGCAGUUAUUGCGCAUGCGAGCCGGGAUACUGGCGGCAGCAUAACGGGAGCUGCGCUCUGUUCUCCGGCGGCGGCAGUGACUGGAUCACCAGCUCAGGCGUCGGCUCCUCUUCCACCGUCUUCAGUACUGUGCUUCCCUUGGAGAACAUUCGGCGCUUUACCCAGUCUCAGGCCGUGCUGCUCGAGGCCACGCUGGCGCUCCUCCUCGUCUGGCUAUUUUUCUGCUUCCUAAUUCGCUUCGCUCCGCUCCGCAGUGGCCGCAAUUCGGUCUGGUUUCGUUUACGCUGGUGGAUUAGCCGAUUUGAUUUCUUCUUCUCUACCGAGCAUUGGCUGGAUGACAACAAGGUGGUAGUUAAGCGGAAAACAGAGCUGGGUGGAACAUUUUCUGUGGCUAGCUGGAUACUCUUUGUUGGGUUAUUUUCUGCAUUGCUGUAUCAGAUGAUUACCAAGAGAAGUAUUGAGGUUCACCGACUCAUACCAGCUAAUUUACCAGAUUUACAAUCAUUUGUAAAUGAUCUGGAAUUCAAUAUCACAAUAUUUUCCAGUAUGAGCUGUUCCCAAUUACGUGGCCUUGAUACAUUGGUGAUUGGAACUCCUGGCACCAUUGAGUAUAGAGUCCUUUCUUUGUCAACUUAUGUAGAUUAUCAAUGUAAAAACACAAGCAGUGGUCCAACUAUUUCUCUUAAAUGCACUAGUUGUCAGAUUCCACGAAGAAAUCACUAUAUUUCAUGGCAGUUUGUUGAUAUACCUAAUGCUCCUGCCAUGGCUGUUGGUUUUCAAUUCAAUAUUUCCUCGAAGGACCAUAAUAAUGAGAAGCAUAUAAGCUUUGUAAGCGGCAUACUGAUAACGCACAAUCAUACCAAUGACAAACCUCGUACCUUUAGAGGAGCUGACUUGAAUAUUCUAGAAGUUCAUUUGUUUCCUCAGAUAUAUAAAAACUUACAUGAUCUGAAGCUCAUCAAGCCUUUGGUUCAUGACUUUGUUUCGGGUUCAUCUUUUUCUGAGGUUGCUGAACUUCAAGCUUCUCUUCUGAAUCCUAAGGAUGGUUUGAUCAAUACAACAUUGCGAGUCAGCUAUCUUUCAGAUUAUAUGGUAGAGAUUGACAAAGAAAAUGUAAUGGGGCCUGUUGGUUUUCUUGCCAACGUUGGUGGCAUUUAUUCAGUUAGCAUUGCAAUUUUUCUCUACCUCCUAGUGCAGUGUGAAGCCAGGAUCAAGAAAUUGCGUAAUGAGGAUAAUCUCCUGAGAAAAAUUAAGAGUCAAAGACGUGCCCAGUGUAACUGGGAGAAGUUAAGGAAAUAUGUCAUAUAUACCUGGCAUCCUAGCAUCUUGAAUGACAAGAACAGCAAUAAUAAUCAGAACAGUCUGAUGCUAAAUUCUUGUUGUGGAGUUAGAUCAUUGCACAGGAAGCAACUGAGUAGAGGGGGCUCUCUACCUAUUGACAAAUUGUUUCUGAACUCUAAUGAAGCGAUAUUACCAUAGACUAUUGCAUGGUUGCUGAUUAUGAAUAGAGUUCAUGAACGCCAUGGGGUUGAUGCAUGAAUGUUUCUGAAGGCUUCAACCAAAUCAGCCAACAAAGUUGAUUCUAAGGUACAUACAUUUAUAUUUUUGGUGUUCAUUUAAGUGAUGCUUGAUUUUCAGCAAUUAGAAUGCAAUGUAAAGGGAAUAUCCCUACAAUGUAAAUUUGAUCAACUCCACUGGAUGAUAUUUUGUAAUGAAAUUAAACUAGUUAAGUACUUCAACUUUGAACCGAACACAUAAUUUACUUUAUCUGCAACCUUUAAUGAAUUCUAGCUAUUUCUAAGAUUACAAUUCAGAAUUAUGUAUUCUUCUGGUUUUUGUAGAAGUAAUCUCAAUCACUUUCGAUAGCACUUAAAAAUUGUUCUAACCAAUAUCCCAGCAAGCCUAGUUUUCUAAUCAUUCUCUCUCUUCUGAACGGGUUGCAUCUUUUGUGUUAUUGUCCGGUGUC